UUCACUGAAAUUGUUUAUAAUAGAUGAAAUUAAUUUUAUCUGACAAAAAAAAACAAACUAUAAACCAUUGCAUCAAAUAAAAGCAUGGGACAUCCAAAGAAUAUCAACUAUUUCGAACAUAUGCUCAUUGUUGGAUACAAAUAGCCAACACUGUGAAAAAAAACGAGUGUUCGAGAAAUUCAAUCGAUCCGGCAAAGCUUUUUGUUUCACAUUCUUCUGUAUGCGUUUUUUGUUUUUGAUCAGAAUUAAACGACUGACAUAUUCACCGAAACAAUGUAUAAACGACGAUUUCAAGAAUUAGAUUAUGAAGAACGAUUCGAAAAGAAAGCUCGUUUCGAUUCAUUCACAAUAUCGGAAGAAUCAAUUGAAGAUAAACUCGAUGAAUUGAUUGUCAAAAUUGGUGAGAAAUCUACAUCAUCGAUUGAUAAAAAUAUUGAAGAUUUGGCCGAUAUUUUUAACUUUGAUAUAUUGCCUAAAAACACUCGUAUUGUUGACGUUUUUUGCGAAUGUGUGGUCGAAUUUCCACACAAGAUUUGUAUCUAUUCAACAUUGGUCGGUUUAUUGAACGUUAGAAAUUAUUCGUUUGGCGGAGAAGUGGUUGAAAAAUUGAUUGUCAACCUACGGAAUCAUUUGAAAAAUGGCCAAUAUGAACGUGCACGUUUUAUGGUACGAUUUUUGGCCGAUUUAGUCAAUACUCGUGUCAUUUCAUGUGGAUCAUUGAUCAAUUUGUUUGAAAAUCUUGUCGACGUUACAAUGGAAGAUAACAUCCCACAAGUACGUUCAGAUUAUUUUGUAUUCAUGGUUCUAUCGGCAUUGCCUUGGGUAAGCAAAGAACUUUAUGAGAAAAAAGAACAAGAAUUGGAUCAGAUCCUCAACACUAUCGAUAGUUAUAUGACGAAACGAACAAAAACUCAAUUUCAUUCAGCAUUGAAAGUUUGGCAUUCAGAUAAUCCACAUCCACAAGAAGAAUAUCUUGGAUGUCUUUGGAAUCAGAUAAGUAAAUUGCGUGAAGAAAAAUGGGUUGAAAAUCACAUUUAUCGGCCAUAUAUUCAUUUUGACAAUGUACUUUGUGAAGCAUUACAACAUAAUGUUAGUCCAAUCAAGCCACCCACACAUGAACCAUCGAAUAUCUAUCAAUAUCCACAGGUAGUAUUUCGAUUAUUCGAUUAUACGGAUUGUCCAGAACGUAGUAUUCUACCUGGAUCACAUUCAAUAGAUCGAUUCGUUAUCGAAGAUAAUCUUCGCUGGAUUUUCAAUCUAAAUUGUUUUGAUCGUAAAGAUUGUGCUACAGCCAUGUUGAAUUAUUUGAAUCUAUCAAUUGGUUCGAAAAUUCCAUUAGAAUAUGUGAUCGUUGAAGUAAUGUUUGGCGAAAUGUUUGCAUUACCGAAAUCAAAAUUUCCCGAAAUUUGUUAUGGAUCAAUUUUACUUGAUCUUUGUAAAUUACAACCAAGUACCUUUCCACAGGUAUUAGCACAAGCUGUUGAAUUAUUAUUUGAUCGAUUAGACUCAAUGAACGGUGCUUGUAUUAAUCGUUUUGCAUCUUGGUUUGCAUAUCAUUUAAGUAAUUUUCAAUUUCGUUGGAAUUGGGAUGAUUGGAGUAUUGCAUUGAAAUAUGAACCAUUGCAUCCGAAACCGAAAUUCAUUGCUGAAACAUUACAAUAUUGUUUACGAUUAUCAUAUCAUACAAAAGUUUUUGAAAGUGCACCACAAACAUUCCAUAAAUUGGCACCAGAAUUGGCGAAACCAAAGAAUAAAUUUCUUAAACCAAAAGAAGAUAAACGAAUGGAUAUUGAUAAUGAUAAAACAAUGAAUGAUGAUACAAAUGAUAAUAAAAAUAACGAUAAUAAUAAUAAUGAUGAUGAUGAUCAACAAGAAGAACCUAAAUAUACAAAUUCAAAUGUAAACAAUAUGAUUGAUGCAUUACGUGCUAAAUGUAGUGUUGAUGAAAUUAUUGAUAUUUUGAACGAAAUUACCGAUGAUGAUGAUGAUGAUGAUGAUGACGAAAAUAAUGGAGAACGAUCAUUUCCAAUGAAUUCAUCAACAUUAUUAAAAAUGAAAAUUGAAAUAUUUGUCACAACAUUAUUGAAUGUUUCCUCAAAAUCAAUGACACAUACAUUUUCAUUUAUUGCUAAAUAUCGUCAAGUAUUGAAAAAAUUGGCACAAACUGAAGAGGCACAGAUUUGGAUUUUGAAUACAAUAUUCGAUGUGUGGAGCACACAUCAACAAUUGAUGGUUAUUUUGAUUGAUAAACUUAUGAAAUUGGAAGUAUUACAAUAUCCUACGGUAGCUAUUUGGGUAUUUUCUAAAGCCAAUUCUGAUGAAUUUAUGAAUUUUUACAUGUGGGAAAUGUUGCAUUCAACAAUCAAACGAACAAUUCGUAAUAUUAAAAAAUGUACCAACGAAUUGGAAGAAUCACGAACAAAAUUGAAUACUUCAAACGAAGAUGGUAAUGGUCAAAUGGGUGAUGAACCUAGUUUGAAAGAAGAACAAACAAUUACUUAUGAAAUGAUUGAAAAAUUGGAAGAAAAAUUAGAUUCAGCACAAUCCGAACAGAAAAAUCUAUUCCUGAUUAUUUUGCAACGAUUCAUCAUGAUACUUACCGAACAUAUUCAAAGCUGUGAAGCACAUGGUAAAAGUUUUCGUAAUUAUUGGUACUUUUGGACAAUGAGUCGUUUACAAGAAGUUUUAUUCUUGUACAAUCAAUUCAUAUUCAAAUAUCAAGAUACAUAUGAAUCAUUGCUUUUUACCAAUGAUGUAGAUUCAAAUAUUUUGGCCAUAUUCAAACAAUUCUUAUAUCUUCAUGCUUAAUUAGCGGGACUUGGCGGCAUUCAAAAAAAAAAAUUGAAUUUAAUUUCACUCACCUAUUUACACAGCUCUUGGAUCCAAGUUUGGAAAUAGACAACGCGUGUGUAUCAAUCAAAUUCAUUCAAUACAGAUGUUUUUUUUUCUUUCGUUUCUAAUUUAAUUUUUUUUUUUUUUUUGAUUUAUAUCUCAUAUAAUGCGUCAUUUUCAUUUUUUUUUUUUAAUUAUCGACUUUAAAAAAUAAUCAAUACACAGGCGACAUCAAAUCCGUGUGUCUGCCGUCACAAUCAA